UGGAUGCCAGGUUCUCUUGGGUUAUACGGGAAGCAGCAGUUUGAGCACUACGCCCUCUGUGGGUUUUUACAGCUCGUACCUGGCAACACACGCAGAAGCCACUCUCACUGCUGCUGUCGUCUGACUGAGGUCAGGUAGACGGAGCGAAGAUGGCGACCGCCUACGAGAGAUAUAAUUUGCACACAACCCCAGAGAAGUUCUUCAUCGAGGCCUGCGAUGAGGGGGUCGAUGCGGUGCUGGCGAUCGACAGGGUCUCAAAUGAGAUGACCCUCACAGGUAAAAGAGACGUCCCCCCCUCAGCAGUCACCAGACCGAUAUGUGGCAUCAUGGGAACCGUUCGCCUGGUAGCAGGGAUGUACCUGAUUGUCAUCACCAGGAAGAGGAAUGUGGGCAGCCUUCUGGGCCACGCUGUGUGGAAGGCUGUGGAUUUUGACGUGAUCUCUUAUAAGAAGACUGUGCUGCAUCUCUCAGAGAUCCAGUCUCAGGAGAAUAAGACUUUCCUGUCCAUGAUCAACAAUGUGCUGAUGACAGACGGCUUCUACUUCUGCACUGACUACGACCUGACACACACUCUGCAGCGGCUGGCCAACACCAGCCCCGACUUCCAAGAGAUGAGUCUGCUAGAGAGGGCAGAUCAGAGGUUUGUGUGGAAUGGGAACCUCUUGAGGGAGCUGGCUGCUCAGCCAGAGCUUCAUAGGUUUGCCCUUCCCGUUGUCCAUGGAUUCAUCGUCAUGAAGCCAUGUCGUAUAAACGGAAAGAUCUUUGAGUGGAUCAUCAUAUCCAGGAGGAGCUGCUUCCGGGCCGGCGUCAGAUACUACGUCAGAGGCAUCGACUCUGAAGGCCAUGCUGCCAACUUUGUGGAGACUGAGCAGAUAGUUCUGUAUGAGGGAGCAAAGGCUUCAUUUAUACAGACACGAGGCUCCAUGCCCUUUUACUGGAGUCAAAGGCCCAACCUCAAAUACAAACCUAAACCUGUCAUCAACAAAACCACCAAUCACAUGGAUGGUUUCCAGAGGCAUUUUGACUCUCAGCUCCUCAUCUAUGGGAAGCAAACUAUUCUGAACCUGGUGAACCAGAAGGGCUCAGAGAGGCCACUAGAGCAGGCCUUUGCCAAGAUGGUGUCUGGCAUGAACAAUGGUAUGCUCAAUUACAUCGCCUUCGACUUCCACAAAGAGUGCAGCCACAUGAGGUGGGAGCGUCUUCAGAUCUUAGUGGAUGAUGUCGCUGAGACACAAGAUCAAUACGGUUACUUCAUGGUGAAUCCAGAGGGGAAGACGGUGGCCCAGCAGAGAGGAGUCUUCCGCAGUAACUGCAUGGACUGCCUGGACAGGACCAACGUCAUCCAGAGCCUUCUGGCCCGACGCUCCCUUCAGUCUCAGCUGCAGAGGAUGGGGGUUCUGAAUGUGGGUCAGCGGAUUGAAGAGCAGGCCGAGUUUGAAAAGAUCUACAAGAACGCAUGGGCUGACAAUGCCAAUGCAUGCGCUGUACAGUACGCAGGAACUGGAGCCCUGAAAACCGACUUCACAAGGACGGGGAAGAGGACCAGGUGGGGGCUGCUGAUGGACGGCUGGAACUCAAUGAUCCGCUACUACAAAAACAACUUUUCAGAUGGAUUCAGACAGGAUUCCAUUGACCUGUUUCUCGGUAACUUUGCUUUGGAUGAGUCUGAUGGGCCCACUCCUCUUCGGGUGCAGAAGGACUGGAAGUUCCUCACGCUGCCCAUCAUUAUGCUGGUGGCAUUUUCGAUGUGCAUCGUCUGUCUUCUCAUGGCUGGUGACACAUGGACAGAGACCCUGGCCUACGUGCUGUUCUGGGGGGCUGCUAGUGCCAUCACAGCCACCAUCAUCCUGUUCAACGGCCAAGACUUUGUGGACGCCCCCAAACUGGUUCACAAGGAGAAGCUGGACUGAGUGUGUGUGUGUGUGUGUGUAUGUGAACGUAAGGAGUAUCUGGACCCAGAUACCUCGUAGUCUUCACUGUCUUAUUCCCCAGGUCUGGACUCCAGCCUGAUCUGCUGCCUCCAUACUUCCCUCUACACCUUCUCAUCAGCACCGCUUGUCUGCUAUUUGUCUUCAACAUCUUUUACCUUUUUCAGUUCUACUGCACACACUUCGUCACAUGGUUUACCUUUAAUUUACAUUCUGUAUCUUGAGGUAGGUUUUUAUGGUUUGUUGGUUUUGUUGGUGUAAUGUUUUCAGUUAUACAGAGGCUCUGUGAUGGCACUUUAGUUUACUGUUUCAAUGUUCUUAGUUUCCUCAAAAAAACAAUUGAUAACACUACUGCUCAUUUUCUUAUUCCUUUUUAAUGUAAUAAUGUUAUAACAAGCAUUUUUGUCAUGGUGAAGCUUGGUGGGGUUUUUUCAUGAGUCACCAAAACUCUACAGACCAACAGAAAUGGACUAUAAAACCAUAUUUGGACUUAAAACCAAAACAAUGAGCUGAAAGAAUCACAAAGCGCUGUAGUGCUUCAGAGAUGAUGAUGAUAUUCAUCCCAAACAGAUGAUUUGUUUAUGUCAAAUAACAUUCAUAAAACAUUCAAAUAACAUAACGGUCACUCUAAACAAUGUGGCACCUAAACAUGCAAUUUAUUGAAACAUACAUGAUGUAUCUAACUGAUGAAUAGAACACCCUGUGAGGUAUUUACAUGUGGAGUUUUGAAUGUUACAAGCCUUAAAAACUAGUAUAUGAAUAUUUGGCUUAUCUGUAUUGACCUGAGUGAACAAUAUGUCUUCCUAUGAAGCUAACUAUGCUAGUAUCUUUGAUGAUUUGGCACUUUAGAGAGCCACAAAAUGAGCUGCCUGCCUUCAUGUGUUAAUGAUUUCUCCAUGGUGAGUGUUCGUACUCAGUCUCUAACUUGGUUCUUCUGCAUCUCAGUCUGCAUCUUCAAUUUGUUCAGAGAUUCAAACAGGUCUGUUCUUGUGCCUCAAUUCGUAUGUUUGUCCAAACCCGACAUGGAGCUAUACAACAGGAUUAUGAAGGAUGACGUUGUCUUCCUAUGCUCUAGUGAGCUAGUAUAAAAAUAGCCUGAACAACGUUGGCAGGUGUGGAUGAGACUGACACAGGAUGUUAUUCGCCUUACACCGUCUACACUUUUCUUUGAUGGUCAUGAGUAGUUGCUCCUAGAAAACUAGAACCUCCUUAAGUUGCCAAGGUGUGAAGUAGAUCGAUGAGCAGUUUUUGAUACAUGCAACGGACAUACGGACGGACGGACAGACAGAGAUUCCUUGCUUUAUAGUUAGAUGCACGUUGCUAGGUAGCUAGCUAGACAUGUAAAGAGAUAACAUCCCUGUUCAAAUCCCCCACAAAUCUAUGCUCAGUUGACUUCUUCUCUACAAGGGGAAACGGCUGUCAGUGGACACAACAGCAGACUUUUUUGAGUCUCUUAACAAAUCGGAGAUGUGAGCAGCUAAUCCAGGUUUGGAACCAGGUUUAUUUGUUUUUCAGAACAAUUAGGCUUUAGCAGUUUUUACCAUAAUAGUUCAUCUCUGUGUCCCUGGGUUGAUCCAUGGCAGCAUGCAUUGCUGUCAGCCUCUGUCUAAAUUGGAGCAUUUCAAAUUCCUCACAUUGUGGCUUUAAUUGUAAUGUUAUCCAGAUAUAUCACGUGGUUUUAUGGUCAUCAGCACGUCAGUGACUCAUUAUGCUGAGUAAACAGGCGUCUGUGCUUCAUCAUUCCUCUCAUGUUUGAAAGAAAGAGGGGAACGCAUUCUGACCUCCAUUUGAUAUCUUUAUAUUACCAUUUCUAGUUCUAGCAGUCUUAAAAACUAGUGUUUUACUGGAUCUUGAUAAAUUCCAAACAAUUAUGUUGUGAAGUCUAACAAUUUAUCUCCAGAUCAUUAUUAACAGUGAUUAAAUUGGAUCUCGCACCUAAAAAUGUCUUGGUAACCACAGAGGCUCUACAGUUUACCGUGCAAUUGUUCAUUCAUGUGUUCAGUCUGGUUCAGUUUCCCCUCAGAGGAUUGGUUGGUUUUGCUCUGGUCCAGAGGAGAACGAGUCAGAAUGCAGCCUUCCAUUCAUGCACCUAAGCAGAGAGCAAAAAGACAAAAAAAUCUUUCCCUCCAAUAUUUAAAGACAUCCUUUGACACUGAUGUUAAUUAAAGAUGGUGCCUACUAUAGUCUUAUAUAGCAGUCUGGUCCCCCUGCCUUCUUAUUCUGUAUAUUAUAUCACAUGCAGGAUGUGUGCUGUUUGUUGUCCAUGAUGUGUUUAAGAUCAUUCCUGGAGUGUAAACAUUAUCUCAUAGAUCAACAGUGGUAGGCUACAAGUCAUUGUUUGAGAGAUUAUUGACUAUUCCUUUAUUAAAAUGUUUAUAUAACUAUGAUCAUGCCAGUGUUUCCAAGAGGGCCUUUAAUUCUAUUCUGAACUUUGUGUAGCAGUUAAGGUCAAAGUCCACUUACUUACGGAGUCCUAAAUUCCAGAAAGAUAGUCUUCAAAUCUUGUGCACACAAGAAAAAAUCAAGAUCUCUUUUGUGAACAGGAUGAUGUGUAAACAUGAUAACUGUGUAUAAGAAAGAGCUUGCGGGACCAACAUAACUUGUGCAUCAUCAUAGGUUGUUGAAUAAGACAACAAAGUGUGCGAAUAAGAUUAAACAUGCACAGAAUAUAAUUAUAUUUUAUUUACACAAGAUAACUUGUGGAAAUGAUCCUGUGUGAUAAAAGAGAAGUCAUGACUUCAAGUUUUUUCUAAUUCUUUAUCAGUUGUUGUCUCAUAUGUAAUGUGUGCAAUGGAGGUGAAAUCUGUCUCGUGGACAUGUCCUUGUAAUGCCUGUACAUUUUAAAAUGAGAGUUACAUUGACAGCUGUCAUAGGGUAUCAUUUGUGAGUGGAAGUGCUGACAGUCAGUCAGCAGCACUUUAUUUGAAUAUUCUUUGACAUGUUACCCUACUAUCAUCAUGAUACCAGAUCUGUCCAUCGUGUGCUGCUGCAGGUUCCACAGUACAAAGAUUUGUUCUUGGAUGUGAUCAUUAAAUCUUUAUUUUGGUUUUUGUAUAAGCUUAGCUUCUAAACAUAACAGUGGGGCCAAUGACACCAAAACCUGCUCCACUAAGGUGUACGAUGAGGUAUGAGUGGUGUAACAUGACUAGCACACUUUACUACUACACCUAUUUAUUUGGACCCAGGUCCUUAGAUUCCUUUGAUGACACUGAUCUCUUGCUUUUUCCCCUGGGGAUUUGGGGGUUUUAGAAUUGUGUGGGGAGUAAAUUUUUCAUUUAAGGAAAUAAAAUAAAUAUUAAAUCGCUUAAAGUUAAACACUGUUUGCAAGUUGUACUUGGGAUCAAUAAGACACUGGUUCAAAGGAUAUUACAAACAA